CACGAUUCCGCAUGGGAGUAAAGAAUCUCUUGCAACACCUAAAGGGAUGCACAGCGAUGAAGCAGAACAUAUCCGACUUCAAGGGGAAGCGUGUAGGGAUUGAUGCAAUGUGCUGGAUGCAUCGUGGAGCAAUUGCUUGUUGUUUUGAACUGGUGUCUGGGCGUGAAAGCGAUAAGUUCCUCACGUUCUUCCUGCGUAUGAUUGCCCUAUUGCAAGGCUAUGACGUAACUCCAGUGGUAGUCUUCGAUGGAUGCCGUAUGCCAGGCAAAGCCGAGGAAGAGAAGAAGAGAGGCGAGUCGAGAGAGACUGCCGCGGACUCGGCUAAGGCCAUGAUUGAGAGCCUCGGUAUAACACAAGCAUCACAGAUGACAAGCGAGGUGCGAAGCAAAUGUAUGCAGGCUGUCAGGAUUACUAAAGAGAUGAUACAAAAGGUGAUGUGUGCCUUGAAGGCUCUAGGGGUGGAGUUCAUAGUUGCGGCAUACGAAGCUGAUGCUCAGCUCGGAUACAUGUAUUCCGCUGGUCUGGUCGAUGCCGUGAUAUCCGAGGAUAGCGAUGUACUCCCGUACGGCUGCAAGGUGAUGAUUGCGAAGUUGGACCAGGCUGGAGACUGCCAGGUCGUCGACAUAUCUUGGGCAUUGAAAGGCGGCAGCAAACUCAAGGAAAAGUCGAACGAGCAAGAGGACCAGCGGCUAUCCUUUAGAGAACUUCGCGACAAGUACGGCGCUGAUUUAGCUAAUUUACGUGACUGGACUAAAGAGGUGUUCAUUGAUGCCUGUGUUCUCGCUGGAUGUGACUACUCUCAUGCAUGCAAUUUGAGCGGGAUGGGAAUUAAGACUGCAAUGAAGCUGGUUAACAAGUAUAGAAACUGGCAACGGACUCUAAGAGCUCUGAAGAUUGAGGACAAGUUCAGGAAGCAACUCGCCUAUGAAAAGUUUGAGACGUUCCGGAAGAACUUCGAGUUGGCUCGAGCCGUUUUUUUCUUCCAUCGAGUGUUCGAUCCGAGAACGAAGAGGUGCAUAACAAUGACGGAGGAUACAAGUUCUCUACUCACGGAGGCCGGUCGCCUCGAAUUUUCUGGUGCCUCCAUUACGGAUGUCGUCGGUGGCCUCGUGGACAUCGAUGUGAUGGAUGCGAAAAUCUGCGCUAGAACGGGCCAGCCUAUUGACUUGUCCGCUGCUACAGUGGAGGAUUCUGCUUCUGUCUCGAAGGUCGCGGAAGCUCAUAGCCAGCGCGUUGCAUUGAAUAAGAUGGAGUUCGCAGCUUUGAAGCGGUUCCAGGAGGAAUAUGAGCAGCUUCGGGAACGGCGACAGAAGCAACGAAGGCUCGAAGAGCAGGCAUUAGCAGGAGCCGAGAAAGCGCGAGGAACGAAAGGCGAGGCACUGUGUGGGCAGGAUACUCAGUUCCUUGCCGGGCUAACCCGAGCGCUGGGAGGCUCUGUGGCUCGCGGUGCUGAGAAGGCGCGUGUUAAAGAGGACAGCGACCCUGUUUCUCAGUCGUCUAGAGCUACUACGGAGACAACACUAGAGAACGAGUUCGAGUCUGAGAUGCUGGGUGGACUACCGGGUUCCGCUAUGGUCGAGGCUGAUCAGAUGGACGAGGAUGAGGAGGAAUUCGAUAUGGAGGAUCUACUUGACCACCUCACCGCUAAUGAUGCAUCCAUUACGGACGCUGCUACAAGAGAGCCAUCAAAGAUGCCGGUCUCCUGUCGCGCUGCACCGACACGCCGUAAACUCUCGGCUAAUCCUUUUGCCGCGGCACGUCAGUCUGGUACAUCUCAUAGUGUACAUGUUCAGACGUCCCACUUGUCUGAGCCGACUCUGAGUAUAGCGAGGCGGGGUGUGGAGGUCCCACUGGUGAAAAGGAGUCGCGAACCGCUGGAAGAAGAGUCGUCGGCCAAGAAGCCUCGAGCAAGCUUCUCCGUAUUUGAUCGAACCACUUGGAAGAAGCGAGCUGCCAAAGGGCCAGCACAAGUCGAGCUUAUCACCACUUUGCAUACGAAGCUCCCUCCCCCCUCUGCUCUGCGGCGGACUACUUGACUGUAUACAUGGUGACGGUGGAGCUAGACCAAACCUGUUCUGAAAGUUCAUUGAGAUUGGUUCAGAACGGGUAAUUCACACUGUACGU